AUGGUGACAGAGGUCAGAGGGUUCACUGACCCACAGAAGGAGGAGUACUUCAGGAAGAGAUUCGGAGAUGAAGAGCAGGCCAGCAGGAUCAUCUCCCACAUCAAGACAUCACGAAUGAGUGUUCAGGAGUUUCUGGCUGCUCUUCAUGUCCAUCUGACCUUCAUCAACUCUGGACUCAAUCUGCUGGAAGAACAAAAAACUUCCCAGAAAUUUAAAACAAUAGAUCCUACAUUCUUCUACCAGAGUGCUUUGAACAAAACCUUAGAGAGUCGAAAUGGACACCUGGACUUGUUCCUCCGCUUCCUCCUUGGUCUUUCACUGCAGACCAAUCAGGUUCUCCUACAAGGUCUGCUGACACAGACAAGAAGUAGCUCAUUGACCAAUCCCGAAACAGUUCAGUACAUCAAGAAGAAGCUCAGUGAGAAUCUGUCUGCAGAGAAAAGCAUCAAUCUGUUCCACUGUCUCAAUGAACUGAAUGAUCUUUCUCUAGUGGAAGAGAUCCAACAGUACACAAGUUCAGGAAGUCUGUCCACAGAUGAACUGUCUCCUGCUCAGUGGUCAGCUCUUGCCUUCAUCUUACUGUCAUCAGAAAAAGAUCUGGAAGUGUUUGACCUGAAGAAUUACUCAGCUUCAGAGGAGGCUUUUCUGAGGCUGCUGCCAGUGGUCAAAAACUCAAGUACAGCACUACUUGGUGGCUGUAACCUCUCAGAGAGAAGCUGUGAAGCUCUGACCUCUGUUCUCAGCUCACAGUCCUCUAAUCUGAGAGAGCUGGAUCUGAGUAACAACAACUUGCACGACUCAGGAGUGAAGAUGCUCUCUACAGGACUGCAGAGUCUGUGUUGUACACUGGAAACUCUCAGUCUGUCAGGCUGUCUGAUCACAGAGGAAGGCUGUACUUCUCUGGCUUUAGCUCUGAGUUCCAAUCCCUCUCAUCUGAAAGAGCUAGAUCUGAGCUACAAUCAACCUGGAGACUCAGGAAUAAAACUGCUGUCGGCAGGAUUGAUGGAUCCAUCCUGGAGACUAGACACUCUCAGGGUGGAGCCUGCUGGAGUCCAAUGGUUGACACCAGGUCUGAGGAAGUAUUCCUGCAAACUCACAAUCGACACAGACACAGUUCACACAAGCCUCCAACUGUCUGACAAUGACAGGAAGAUGACACAUGUGGAGGAGGUUCAAUCAUAUCCUGAUCAUCCAGACAGAUUUGAUCGACUUACUCAGCUGCUGUGUAGAAAUGGUCUGACUGGUCGCUGUUAUUGGGAGGUCGAGUGGAAAGGAACGGUUCUCAUAUCAGUCACUUACAGAAGAGUCAGAAGGAAAGGAAACAGUAAAGCGUGUAUCUUUGGAUGGAAUGAUCAGUCCUGGUGUCUGUACUGCACUGAUGAUGGUCCUGAUUCUGUCAGGCACAACAACAAAGCAAUAUCCAUCAACUCUUCUUCCUCUGUCUCUAACAGAGUAGCAGUGUAUGUGGACUGUCCUGCUGGCACUCUGUCCUUCUACAGAGCCUUCUCUGACACUCUGAUCCACCUGCACACCCUGAAAACCACAUUCACUGAAACUCUUUAUCCUGGAUUUAACCUCUGGUUUCCUGAUUCCUCAGUGACUCUGUGCUGAGUGGAGUGUAAAGAGUGUCCUCCUGUUAGAUAAACACUCUGACUGUACAUGUCUCUCUUUCACUCAGAAACACGUUUUCAGAUUCAUGGAUUCAAUCAGUUGAUGUUUUAAACUGUUCUUGUAAACUUCUUCCUCUUCAGUCCUUUAAAGAUGGAAGCUCCCAUUAUUCCAGGCUCCACAUGCUGUUUCUUUCUGAUUUUUCCACUCAAAGCUUCACAGUGAAUAUCAGUAUGUUGUGUUUCUCUGAAGCUCAGUUCACAACCAGCU